AUGCAAGCUUGCGAUCGGUGCCGUAGGCGAAAAUCAGGAUGCGGCAAGGAGCAGCCGUCAUGUGGGUUGUGCACCAAGGCAGGCGUGGCAUGCGUGUAUAGCGACAGAUCGAAGGAAGCCCCGAUUCGACGAGAUGUGAUUGAGAGGCUUGAGAGGCGAUUGCGUCAAACCGAGGCAACUAAUAGGGCACUCGCAGCAAGGCUGGCGGCUUCAAACUCCCCUCCACCUGUUGAAAACGCGUCUCCGGCGACGAGGAACUCUGAAACACGAGAAAACCGAAAUGAGGUCUCGGAUGAAGUUUCAUUUCUUUCUCUGAACGCGGGCGGCGAGCGGCAGUUUCUAGGCUCGACGAGCGGCGUGCUCUUUGCAGAUUUGAUCAGAUCCGCGAUUAGAGCUGAUGCCUCGAGUGCACCACAGGGGUCUUCUGGGCCUACACCGAUAUCUGGGCUGCCCACCAAAGCAUCGCCGCCAUCAAGGCUAUCCAGAGAAGCGCCUCCUCCGGUGCUGGAAAGCGUGGCUCGAGAACUUCACGAUGCGUACUUUUAUCAUGACCAUCUGUGCUACCCGAUUCUUUCCCAGCAAUCAGCAGUGGCUAGCCUAGGCAAUAUAUAUGCAGACCCAACUAUACUGGAGAAAAAGCCAUGGGAGACAUUUUGCUUCUAUAUGAUUAUGGCCAUAUCCAUGUCAAACCUCCAGAAGCUUCAUUGGCAAUCGUUGCCUGAAGCAGAACUUUACCACACGCAUGCCAUCUCCCGGUUGAAUGAUAUACUCGCUUUAGGAGGACUAGAAGCCUUGCAGGCAAUACUUCUUCUGUGUCAAUACCAGUUGACAAGCUCGACACAAAUGACAUCCGCCAGCCUUUGGCACAUGGUCGGCAUGGCUGCCCGCAUGUGCUUCGAGAUGGGUCUGCAUCGUGAAGAGGCCUAUAAUCAUACAGGCAAGACUAAUGUGCCAGGGUCAUCACCCACGCCUCGACAACGGUGGCUCUGGUGUGUACUGGCAAUGGAUCGUGUCGUCAGCAUAACUCUAGGUCGUCCAUUCGCUAUUCAACUAGAAGACGUGAGCCUGAAGUUUCCCGCCUAUGAAAUGUCACCAUACAUGGGUCCUCAAGAGACCGACGGCUUGACUCGCACCGAACAGUACCGAGAAGCCGUGUUUGCCCAUAUUACACAAUAUCGCAUUCUUUGUGGCAGGAUCAUGACAUCCCUGCACAGAGUCCGCCACACAAACAAUGAAACCUCUGCUUUGGCUGCACAAGCGAGCCUUGCCAAUGAUCUAGAAGAGUGGCGUUGCAAAACAAAUACGAUUUUUCCCAACCAGGGCUCAACAGCUGCUGCUAAGCUGUCAAGCUUUUUGACUGCCGAAUGGUACGAAAUGAUAUAUCACAAUGCUUUACUUAUGCUCUACCGGCCUUCUCCGGCUCUCCCUUUGAGCUCGUCCAGAGCGGCUGUGGCAUUACCCAUAAUAUACGAUUCUGCAAAGCAGGCGAUUGGCUUCUACGCACAGCUACAUGAGCUACAGCGUAUCAAUUAUACCUGGAUCACUUUGCGCAGUGUUUUCAUGGCCGGACUCUCAUUUGUCUACGCUACUGGGCAGCACUUCCGUAACAAGAAGAACCGAAUACAUGCCUCAGAAACACCAAUACUGGAAUCAGACCCAUCAAUAAUGGAGAUUGUCAAUGUCUGCCGCAUGUGCUCGAAUGUCUUAGUAGCAGUUUCGGAACGCGGCAACAUUCCUCGACAUUGCCACCGUGUCUUCGAUCGACUGAGCGACGCUGUACUGAAGGAUGCGGUGGAGUAUCACACACAGCCUACAACCAACCAUCCAUCAACAGGCCUAUCGGUUCCUGUUCCUCCUGUUCCUUCUUUCAACAGCAACUUCCCCAAUGUCGCCACCUCAGAGUAUGCUAUGGGGAUGUCCCCAUCUGGGGGAUGGACUUUCAAUGAUGCAAUGCCAUCUUCUAUUCUGGCUGUUGACGACGUGUUCCGCGAUUGUUUUGAUGAUUUACAACAUUUCCAUGAGUCCACCUUUGGUGAAGAUCCCAUUGGCCAACUCUCACAAGAUUGGCUUGGACAGAUCGGGGGUAUACAGCUAGCUGAAAAUGACACAUAA